AUGGCUCAUGACUCUUUUCAACAUGAACUUGAGGAUUAUAUUAGAAAGCAGAAAGCCAGAGGAUUACAACCAGAGCUUUGCUUUAGAAAGGUGACAGAAGACUCUGCGUGCAGAGAACAGGGCCACGCUGCACCCAGACCUCUAAUGCUGGAGCAGAGUCUCUUCCGGAGCUCCCACAGGUUCCCCAGUUCUUACCAAAGGCUGAGAACAGUGGAAAGCCAGUCACCCCCAUGGUCCAAAAUUCAUCACUCCAGACGAAGACUGGAAUCUCUAAACCACAGUCAGAAAAAUCAUGACCAUUUCUUCAAAAACCCAUGGUUUCCAAGUCCACCUGUGCAAGGAAAGACCACCGGCCCCCAUGCAGCACAAUGCAGAGAAGACACCAGCCACCUCUCAGAGGAACCCACCCGCGUCCAUCAGGCACGAGAUCAUGACCGAAGCCAGAGGAGACGGUCCAGGAAGGAGGGAGGAGGAAGACAAGGCGAGGAGGAACAGGUUGAGCGGAAGAGGAAGCACCGCGCAGAUUCCCACAAAGAGAACAGGAGAAAGGCCCAGGUAGAGCCAGGCGGUGCAGAGACGCCCAAAUACAGCAAGAAGAGCCGCCAAGAUCGGGCCACCACAAAGGAGGGAAGAAGGUCCAAUAGAGAGAAGAAGCAACCUGGCCAAGAGAGCCCGCAGGAGAGGGACUUGUGGGAUGAAGCCAUCCUCGGCAGUUGUUACUAA